AUGGAUCCUGCAGCAUUGGUGGAAGCCAUCGUGGAAGAAGUGGCCUGUCCCAUCUGCAUGACCUUUCUGAGGGAGCCUGUGAGCAUCGACUGUGGUCACAGCUUCUGCCACGGCUGUCUCUCUGGACUCUGGGAGGUUCCAGGAGAAUCCCAGAACUGGGGUUACACCUGUCCCCUCUGCCGGGCUCCUGUCCAGCCAAAGAACCUGCGGCCUAAUUGGCAGCUGGCCAAUGUUGUAGAAAAAGUUCGUCUGCUAGGGAUGCAUCCAGGAAUGGGGCUGAAGGGUGAUGUGUGUGAGCUUCACAGGGAACAGCUAAAGAUGUUCUGCAAAGUGGAUGGCCUGAUCAUGUGUGAGGCCUGCAGCCAGUCCCCUGAGCAUGAGGACCACAGUGUUGUGCCUAUGGAGGAUGCCACCUGGGAGUAUAAGUGGAAACUCCACGAGGCUUUGGAGCAUCUGAAAAAAGAGCAAGAUGAGGCCUGGAAGCUGGAAGUUGGUGAGAGGAAGCGAACUGCCAGCUGGAAGAUCCAGGUGGAAACCCGAAAGCAGAGUAUCAUGUGGGAGUUUGAGAAGUAUCGGCGAUUAUUAAAGAAAAAACAGCCACCAGGUCGGCAACUGGAGGUAGAAGCAGCCGCAGCCCUCACCAGCCUAGAGCAAGAAGAGGGGGAGACCGUGCAAAAACUGGAGCAGAAUCGUAAUGAGCUCAUCCAGCAGAGUCGGGUGCUGUGGGGGAUGAUUGCAGAGCUGGAAGAGAGGUCUCAGAGGCCUGUCCGCUGGAUGCUGCAGGGUAUUCAGGAAGUCUUAAACAGGAGCAAGUCUUGGAGCCUACAGCGACCAGAACCAGUCUCCCUCGAGCUAAAGACAGAUUGCCGUGUGCCGGGGCUAAGAGAGAUUUUGAAGACAUACGCAGCUGAUGUGCGCCUGGAUCCAGACACUGCUUAUUCCCGUCUCAUUGUGUCUGAGGACAGAAAAUGCGUGCACUAUGGAGAUACCAAGCAGAAACUGCCCGACAAUCCUGAGAGAUUCUACCGCUACAAUAUCGUCCUGGGCAGCCAGUGCAUCUCCUCAGGCCGGCACUACUGGGAGGUGGAAGUGGGAGACAGGUCAGAAUGGGGCCUGGGAGUGUGCAAGGAAAAUGUAGACCGGAAGGAGGUGGUCUAUUUAUCCCCCCACUAUGGAUUCUGGGUGAUAAGGCUGCGGAAGGGAAAUGAGUACCGAGCAGGCACUGAUGAAUACCCCCUCCUGUCCUUGCUGGUCCCUCCCCGCCGGGUGGGGAUCUUCCUGGAUUAUGAGGCCCAUGAUAUCUCUUUCUAUAAUGUGACUGACAAUGGCUCCCACAUUUUCACUUUCCCCCACUAUCCCUUCCCUGGGCGUCUCCUGCCCUACUUUAGUCCUUGCUAUAGCAUUGGAGCUAACAACACGGCUCCUCUGACCAUCUGCUCCCUGGAUGAGGAGGACUAA